AUGUCUAAUAAUUCUUCGCCGAGUACUCCGAUGUAUGAAGGAGAUGAGUUCAAUCGACGUCUGGCGGGAAUACCUAUGGAAGGUAGUCAAAAUACAGAUCACCAGUCUCCAGUUGUCAUUGAAGUCAACGUGCAUGACAUUUUCAUGUAUGGUGAGAUGACUCAAUCCGGAGAUAGUGGUUACUCCACUGACCAGAACACGCAGGUGGAAAAUCGUGACUGGCAUAGAGUAUUUUCUCCUUUACUACCCUCUGCAAGUCCAUCUCCAUCUCGACUAUCACAGAGGGAGAAUAGGGUACGAUCUUUGUCACCGGUUCAACCUGUUUUUCUGGAGGAAGCUUCGCCCGAUAUGUGCACGCCAACAACUCCGAGGGCCUACGCACUGAGGGUAAGAAACGAUCUCUUCCCGGACUUAGUUUCUCAGCCCAUGGUACCCCCGGAAUAUAACUUGUUAAUUGUCGGGGAAAUUUUGAACACGUCGCGGCAUUCUGGAGGGCAAUCACCAGAAAUGUAUUGGAGAGAUGACGGAAAUGAUGAGGAGAUGAUCUGUCAUAUGGAAGCAUAUGAAGAAGAUGAAGCGCUGAACCGGUGCAUGGAUUUAUAUGAAGGGGGGGAGUAA